AUGGGAAUUGAGAUGUUCCAUCUGCAGUCAGUAAGCGUUAAUCUCUGGGACCAUGUCAAACAAGCUAAUUUCUCCUCUGUCACAGAGUUCCUGUUGUUGGGAUUCUCCAGUCUUGGAAAAAUCCAACUUAUCCUCUUUGCUAUUUUCCUGUGCCUUUAUAUGCUUAUCCUAAGUGGAAACAUCACCAUUGUUUCUGUCAUCCGCCAGGAUCGCAGUCUCCACAUACCUAUGUACUUCUUCCUGGGGAUCCUCUCCAUCUCUGAGACGUGCUACACCUUAGUCAUUCUGCCCAAGAUGCUCAUAAAUUUGCUGUCUCUGCUUAGAACAAUCUCAUUUAUUAACUGUGCUGUCCAGAUGUUCUUCUUCCUUGGUUUUGCUGUCACUAAUUGCAUGCUCCUGGGGGUGAUGGGUUACGAUCGCUAUGUUGCUAUCUGCCAUCCGCUUCACUACCCCAUUCUUAUGUGCUGGCAGGUAUGUAGACAACUGGCGGCAGCUUGUGCUGGGAUUGGUUUUCUAUUCUCACUCACAGGUUCCCUCCUAGUCUUUGAACUCCCUUUCUGUGGCCCAAACAAGAUCGACCACUACUUCUGCGACAUCUCACCAGUUAUCCAACUUGCCUGUACUGAUACCUCCAUCAAUGAACUCAUAAUCUUCACUGGGGGAGUUCUAGCUCUUAUGGGUCCCCUGACAUUCAUCUGCAUCUCCUAUGGCUUCAUUGUUCGCAUCAUCCUGAGGAUCCCAUCAACUGAAGGCAAGAGAAAAGCCUUCUCCACCUGUGCUUCCCACCUCACUGUGGUCAUUGUCCACUAUGGGUGUGCCUCCUUUGUGUAUCUGCGACCAUCAGCUAAGGACUCAUCUAGCAAAGACAGGCUAGUGACAGUGACCUACACGGUUGUGACUCCAUUGUUGAACCCCAUGGUGUAUAGCUUUAGGAACAAAGAUGUUCAGAUGGCCAUUCGGAAAGUGAUUGGCAGAGUGAGAUUUUAUCCUAAAGCUCUAUAA